AUGGGGAGCAAUGGUUACAAGACCAAUCCACACAAUCAAGACAAUGUCAUUCACCCUGACUUCGUUGAUGAGCUUCCCAAAGAGCUGAAGCAACAAGUGGAAACCAAGUUCAACGCCGUUCUAAAGGCUUUUCUUGAAAGUUGCACUAAAGAUUGA